AUGGCUAUUGAGUUGGAUACAUAAUUUGCUUUUGCAUACAUGAGCAGAGGUUCUCAGGUUAUUUAAAGAAAUAGGAAAUUUUUUAGAUCAAAUAGGAAAUUAAUAGGAGGCACUUUUAGAUUUUAACAAGGUUAUUGAAUUAGACCCUUAUGAUGCUUGUAUUUAUAAUAACAGUGGUGUAUUAAAUUAUUAUGUUAUAUAGGACUUCUAUUUACUUAUCCUAAUUGUUCUGAUUUUUAUUUCGAUAGAGGCAAUCAAAGUAUUAUUUUUUAUGAGUAGAUAAUGAACAAUAGGCACUUGUAGAUUAUGAUAAAGCGAUGGAAUGAGAUUCCAAUAAAUCUAAAGCAUAUAACAAUAGAAGUGUUAAAAUUAGUAUAAUGAAAUAGGCCUUUUAUAAUAUAAAAUCGGAAACACAGACAUUGCACUUAUAAAUUUAACAAAUAAUUUGAAUUAAAUUCUAAUGAUGAUUAUACUUAUAAUAACAGAGGUAAUAGAGUGUUAGAAUAUAUAGGAAUGCUCUAUUAAAAUAUUGGAAAAAUAAUGGAGGCUCUUGAAGAUUAUAACAAAGCAAUUGAAUUAGAUCCUAAUAUUGCUUAAAUUUACUGUUCAAGAGGUAAUUAGGUUUUAGGCUAUUAUAGCAUUAUUGCAUUUAAGCUUAGAAAAUAAAGAUUAAGCCAUAAUAGAUCAUAACAAAGCUAUUAAUUAGAUCCUAAAGAUGCUAUAAAUUAUUUUAACAGAGGUAAUCAAGAUAUUGAACUAAAUAGGAUUGUUUUAUAGAUAUAUGA